UUUUCAAGGUGAAACGAAAAUGGAAUUGCGAUCACCAAGAAGGAAUAAACGCAUACAAGUAUUGCGUUAGAACAAUCGUAUACCAAGACCUAAAAUCCCGAAACCUAAUAACCCUUGCCCAUUAGUUCCCAAUAAAUAAAUUAACAGUGUUUAUAGCAGUCAAUGUCGAUUCAGAAUAGAAGUCCUGUUGUGAAAUAAAAUUUGUUAAAAUCCGCUUCACGCGGUUUCUCACCUUCAGUUUGAUAAUCGAUAUGGUUAGGAAAGUUCAUGUUUGGUUUAUUUUUUGUUUGUUUGGUUGGUGUUACGGUUUUAAUGGUAAUGCAAGCGAUGAAAGAUGCAGUAUAGAUUUUCGAUGGAAGUCGGAAGUUGUGGAUUCAACCGAUGUUACCGAGAUCGUUCCUGAAAAAAGUGAUAAUGCCUUAUUUGAAAUAUGGAAAAAAUUUUCUUUGUUUUCCUUAGAGAAUGUUACAAACAUUUCCGAAGAAUGUUCAUCUGGAUUGGAAGAGUUUACUGAAGGAAUUAAGAAAAAUGAAAUGGAUUAUAUCAAGAUGUUCGAUGCUACAGGAAAACUACCUUCGGGUAUCUUACGUGGAAACGUGAAUCAGUUUGGAGAUUUCGACGAAUGUUUGAGCGUUGAUCAUGCCAGAUAUUGUUUGGCAGAAUUAGAUUUUCAACCUAACUGGAUAUCGCCAUACGAAAAAUAUAAGAAUUUGGUUCACUCUCAUUUCGCUAUAAGAGAGACAUUCGAUGAUGUGAAACAUAGAGUUCCAGGAUUUUCUAUGGUAAGAUGGGGUUUUUGUAUACCUAAGAAAUGUUCUGCUUCUGAUUUGGAAAUUGCAUUGAGUGAGAAAUAUGGAAUAAUAUCCAGGAUAAAACCCGAAAUGUGCCAGAUUAAACAAGCUCCGGAACCUGAAGCAGUAAUUAGUUUAGGAGAUAUUGCGACCAGGUGUUUAUUUGGUUUUAUUAUAUUUCUUACCGCACUGGCUACAAUAAGAGGGUAUUAUGGACACAACUUGAAAGAAAAGGAUAAACUACUACAGUUGGUUGAUUGCUUCAACCUAAUAGACAACUUUAGCAAUUUAACCACUGUGAAAGAUUCUCAAGAUGAAGUUAAAUCCAUCCAUGGAGUCCGAGCCCUUGGUGCUCUUGCCUUGAUUAUAGCUCAUAAAACGAUGGCCCUUUUUUACAAUCCUUAUAUAAAUAGAUCGACGAUGUCAGAAAAUUUAGGUAUGCGAUGGUCUGUGAUUGGAAGAACAGCUAUACUUUAUACAGAUGGCUUCAUGUUGAUAAGCGGUUUCCUAAGUGCAAGUAUUCUACUUAAAGAAUUGGAAAAAGGAAGAACUUUAAAGUUCAAAGACAAAUUAAUAACGAGAAUAUUCAGAAUCUCUCCAAAUAUGAUUGCUAUGAUAUUGUUUUGUACCUACAUAUUACCUCACUUGGGAAUAGGUCCAUUAUGGCCUAUAGUAGUAGGCCAUCACUCUCACUUGUGCAAGAAUCAUAUGUGGCGAAAUAUGCUUUAUAUCCACAACUUCUUUCCGUUUCAAGAUAUGUGUCUUACGCAUACACAUCAGGUUGGAAUAGACAUGCAACUUUUCCUAAUAACACCGUUGGUUAUUAACGUCUUAUGGUCUUCUAGAAAAAUUGGAUUGUAUUUGAUUGGGACAUUAACAGUUGCUUCGACGUUAUUGAGAUUCAUUGUCACAUGGAAUAAUAAUUUGAGUCAUGUAGUGCAUUUCGGGAUAACAAUAAGCAGAAUGUUUGAUACAGCAAACCUGUCUUACAUUUUACCUACUCAUCGAGCUACCAUUUAUUUUAUGGGGGUGUUUUUGGCAUACAUAAUGAGAAACAAAUCAGAGAUUCUUAUAUCAAAGGAAAGAAUGGGUUUAUAUUGGACUUUCUUCAUGUUCCUGGGAUUUGGGACAUGGUUAGGACCAAUACAUAUGUCUCAUCCCGGAUAUGUGUACAGCAGAUUUGAUUCUUCUUUAUAUGGUGCUAUUUCACCAAUAACAUUUGGUGCAGCCGUAUCAUGGGCAAUAUAUGCCACUGAAAAAGGACACGGUGGAUUCCUUGGUGGAAUUUUGGCCUGGGAUAAAUUCAAGUAUUUCACUAAAAUUUCUUAUGCUGUGUACCUUGUACAGUUUCCUCUAUUCUUUUACAACAUAGGUAAAACUAAACACGCUGAUGAAUUUUCUAUAUCUGAAAUGUUUCAAGUGACAGAGACUAUAGCAAUUAUUGUUAUUUCAAUUCUACUGACCGUUUUCAUAGAAUUACCAUUCCAAAAGUUGAGAUUUUGUAUUUUUAAAGGAAACGAUAGAACAAUUCAUGCCAAAAACAAAGGGACAAAUAACAACAAUGAAAAAACAGUAUCUGAAAAACCAAAGAAACCAACGGAGAAAGUCAGCAUUUUUACAUUAUUGAGAGAUUUUCCGAAUGCUUUUUAAAUCUGGAGAGAAAAUUUGAAAUUUUAUUUUAAGAAUGUUUUGUAAAAAGUAUUUAAUAAAAAUAUAUUUAUUGUUGCCUACUAGCCAUAUUUUUAAUAAGUUGGUUUCAUAUUAAAA